AUGGGACAGCGACUGGAACCAAACCUUGCCGUUGCCUUUAUGUCUAAGGUGGAAGCACCAGUAAUCGAUCUCAGGCCAUUACUCUACUGUAGCUAUAUAGAUGACUGUUUUGUCAUCUGCUCCACAAAAGAGGAGAUGGACAAAUGCUUUGAGUCAUUGAACGAACAGUCAAAAUACAUAAAAUUCACCCGUGGGAAACCGAAAGGAAAUCGGCCUCCAUUUCUAAACGUUCAAAUCAACCUAUCCGAAAACGGCUACAUCACAAAAUGGUAUCGAAAGCCAAGUAGUAAGAAUAUAGUGGUUCAUUACCUCUCCUCUCAUCCCUCACACACGAAAAGGGCGCUUAUAAGAAAUAUGUUUCGAACCGCCGCCAGCGUCAUAAUGAACAAGUCAUAUGAUGGCGUUCCAUUUAACAAUAGGCCUGAUAGGUACUUCUUAGUCGGAAAUUCGACCAACUAUGGAUCCCUUGCCGUCGAAAAAGAGCCGCUCAGGAAGGAUCUUAAGCUCAGGCUACAAGGUAAGUUGCCGUGCAGUAGUACCAACAAUGAGGGUCUCGGAAAGUACUACUACGACUGCCAUAGGAUUUCGUGCAAAAUCGCGAUCGAUCAGCGUUCUAAUACGCAUGCCUCUAAAGCGUCAUAUCUUGAGACUCCUUAA